AUGGAGGCGGAGAGCGACAGCGAUGGAACAGUGAUAGGGAACAAAGAAGGAUAUCGAGUAUGUCGUGAGGCAACGCCACCGCGUCAACGACGUCGGCGACUCCUCCUCUCAACCGACAGUGCCUUCGCCGAUGCAGUCCUCCCGUCGCUUAUUCAGAAUUCCUACAUUGAACUACGCUUGAUCACCGACGAACCCUCAGCGCUGUUGACCGGAACCAACAAAAUCCCUCAUUACAUGGACUCGGUGGAUGGCCAGACCUUUGAUAAGAAAACCGGGGCGCGGAAAUGGCUCAAGGCGAAAACGGCUGAACUCUGCGAAUGGGCGGACAUGCUACUGGUUGCUCCCAUUGACGCUGGCGCUCUGGGAUCGAUGCUAGCGGGGUUGACCAACACUUUGACCUUGGCGCUUCUGCGGGGGUGGGUGUCUUCAAAACCUGUCAUUCUCAUACCAGGCAUGACAGUAUCAGAAUGGGAUCACCCGUUAAGUACCCGCCAGCUGGAGGAGAUCAAACGCUUCUGGUCGUGGAUUCGCAUCGUGCAGCCUGUGUUAUGGAAGUCCAACGGACCCGAAGAUUUGACACUACUUCCAUGGCAUGGAUUGAAUGAUCUGCACGACAUGCUCGAAACAUGCUUAAGCUUGCCCCCGUGGGGCGCUUCCCUCAGUGGAGGGAAUUCACUCACAGGAAAUGGGACAGAGACGUCAUCGUCAUCGACAUCGAACAAGACGUCCGAUAGCAAGACUGCCUCCGCUCUCCGACACCUUCAAACACAUUGGCCGAAUCCAGAGGCAAAGGUACAAUCUUUACCCCUCGAGAUUUGGCUCAUCAUUUUUGAAGACCAAUUACGUGAUUGGGAAACGGCCAAGGCAGUUGGCAUCCCAACAAAUAUCCCAGUCCCUCAAGAAUGGCAAAGUCAUUUGUUAAAAAUGUCAACACCCGCUUCCCUCGAAUACACUAUCCUUCGCGGCUCGUUCGCGGCCAUUACGAAGCGUAUAGACGCUUUGCCGCGAUGGAAGCCGGUAUCCGAUCUCGCUUGCCAUCUCAUCGUGAAAUUCUCUCGAACCGACAUCCUCUCUUAUCUCACCGAAAAGCAUCUCGAUCUUCUCUGGACAACGUCUCGCCUAACCAACAUCCCCUACCGAGCAUCCGCAAUUUACGGCAACCCGACUGUGUUGACGUGGUGGCGUGACGCUCCCGCUCUACCAAACAAGGAAUACAUGGCCGAUGCGAUGGACGGAGCUUCGCGCGCAGGAUUUACUCACGUUUUGGACUGGUGGCUGGGUUCAGGACUUCCUUUGCGAUAUAGCGAACGGGCCCUCGAAUCUGCCAGCGCUGAGGGCCAAGUUGCGGUUCUCGAUUGGUGGAAAACAGCCUCAGCCCAAUCUUCUCCAUAUAACCCUGUCCCUCUGAAAGUUGGCAAAUCCGUCCUGCUAGCAGCACAGUCCGGACGAACCGAAUCCUUAGCUUGGUGGGACGCCUCUGGGAUCCCGUACAGCCACGCUGAGAACGUCGCCCGCAUUGCUAGCACCCACGGCCAUGUCCAUGUUCUUGAUUUCUGGUACCGAUUAAAGGGGCCCAAAAUGAUAUUUGACAACCAGGUCCUUGUCGGACCAACGAAGAAUGGCCAUGAUCAUGUUCUACAAUGGUGGAAGGACUGCGGAUUGCGGGUCGAGUUCAAGACUUGUGACAUCGAGGAGGCUCUCGAGGACGCCGUAUCUGGCACCGAUGAGCGCGUUCGUCGCUGGUGGGAACGAAACGGCCUCAACUUAGGCCUCGGAACGCGAGAAUGGAUGAAGCCGAAGGUGCUUUGA